GCACAUUGAUGAGGUUGCCACUGCGGAGGGAAGACAGAUGGACUCGAAUGCUGACAGGCGGGGAUCAGAACCAAUGAAAAAGGCAAGGCAUGUACACUGCAGCCAAUGAUAGCGGCUGAAGGAGGUGACGGAAGCGGAAAUAUAAAGAGUCGGGGAAGUUCGACAAGCACCGAGCAUAGUCAGUACACUUGUGCUCGUGAAAACAGUAGGAGGCGAAGAUGUCGGAGCGAAAAGUUUUAAACAAAUAUUACCCCCCUGACUUUGACCCAUCGAAGAUUCCCAAGCUCAAGCUGCCCAAAGAUCGGCAGUAUGUGGUGCGGCUGAUGGCCCCCUUCAACAUGAGAUGUAAGACAUGUGGAGAAUACAUCUACAAGGGCAAGAAGUUCAAUGCUCGCAAAGAAACAGUGCAGAAUGAGUCCUACCUGGGCCUGCCCAUUUUCCGCUUCUACAUCAAGUGCACGCGCUGCCUGGCAGAGAUCACCUUCAAGACAGACCCUGAAAACACAGACUACACCAUGGAGCAUGGAGCCACGAGGAACUUCCAGGCUGAGAAGCUCCUGGAGGAGGAGGAGAAGAGGGUGCAGAAGGAGCGGGAGGACGAGGAGCUGAACAACCCCAUGAAGGUGCUGGAGAACAGAACUAAGGACUCCAAGCUGGAGAUGGAGGUCCUGGAGAACCUGCAAGAGCUCAAAGACCUGAACCAGCGGCAGGCCCACGUAGACUUCGAGGCCAUGCUGCGGCAGCACCGCCUGUCAGAGGAGGAGCGGCAGAGGCAGGAGCAGGAGGAGGAUGAGCGGGAGAUGGCGGCGCUAGUGGAGGAAUCAAGGAAAAGAAGACUCCUUGAAGACUCUGACUCAGAGGAGGACACCACCCCCACCCAGCCCCAGCCAGCCCUCCGGCCCAACCCCACUGCCAUCCUGGACGAGGUGAGUGGGGCCACCCGCAUUCCCACGUGCUCUCAGACCCCGAAAGCCAAGAGGAAGGCAGAGAGCUGGGAGCGCAGUGUGGGUACCCUUGGCAACAGGCCCCAGCUGUCGGGCCUGGUUGUGAAGAAAACAGGCCUGGACACCAGCAUCCUGCGAGGAAGAGCCCCACCCCUCCCAGAUGAGGAGACUGAGGCCCAGAGAGGUGGAGCCACUUGCCCAGAACCAUAUAGCUGGGGUGCAAUGAAGAACGGUCAGGCAGCUGGCCCAGCGCCCCAGACGCCCGGCACGUCCUCCCUGAGCCAGCUGGGUGUGUAUUCUGACAGUGAGGACAGCAGCGGCAGCAACUGAGGCCCCCCUGCCCUUCCCUGGUCAAGGUCACACAGCCAGCUGCAGCCAUGGUCCGGGCCAGAGGCCUUGGAACCAAGCAGAAUCACAGCUGGACAAGCGUGAAUGCCCUCAGGCCGGCAGGGCGAGUGAGGACUACAGCUGAGGGACUCAGUUUUCUUCCUGUCCCACCGCCCUCUGGAGCUCAGGUCCCCAGGUCACACUGCAACAUCCUGGAGCAGCUUCAAGGUCAUCUCUGUGACAGUCCUGAGAGGCCAGCCAUGCUUUAGGCACACGCUGGGCCCACCCAUCACCCCGGCUGGGCUCCAUCCCUUUCCACCACAGAACCAUCUGGAACCAAUGGAAAGAACCUGCUGAUGGCCUGGGCACCUUCUCUCUGUCAGUGUCUGAGAAGGGGAUGUCAGAAGCACGCAGCCUAGCCAGUCCUGGACCCCUGCCUCUCAGAAACCACCAGCUAAUAAAUGCUCAUUAUUUCAUAGGCUUAGUUUGGGGCUGAUUUGUAGAAAGCUGAUAAAGUCAGGAGAUCAGCGAGUCUGACUGCAAACCUCCUGUUCUUUCAAGGUUGCUGGAUUCCACCUCAUAAUCCCCUCUGACUGCAGCGUUUUCUGGUUGAAGGUCCUGUGCCCCCACCAGACACUUCCGCAGGCUGUGCAUACAAUGCGUGCUCUGUCACUUCAGGCAUGUCCAACUCUUUGUGGCUGUGGACUGUGGCCCGCCAGGCUCCUCUGUCCAUGGGAUUCUCCAGGCAAGAAUACUGGAGUGGGUUGCCAUGCCCUCCUCCAGGGGAUCUUCCUGACCCAGGGAUCGAACCUGAGUCUCCUGUGGCUCCUGAGUUGCAGGCGGGUUCUUUACCACUAGAGCCACCUGGGAAGCCCCCUCACAAUCUAAUGAAUCUCCAUCUCCUCUCUCCCGCCCUUCUUGGGGUCAGUGACAUCAGCCCUUCUCUCACACACACACAUACAUAUAGGCUUUCAUUCAGCAUUUGAAUAAAGAGGCUUUGUGCUUUGCA